GCCUGCGAGGGGCCGCGGGUGCCGUCGCAGGGGCACGAGCCCGACGAGUCCGAGGACGAGCCCGGGGACGUGGAGUCCGAGUGUCCGGCCCAGCCCCAGCCCUGGGUUUCGGCCAGACGGCACUGCCCGGUGAUGCACGGGCAGCUAGAUUUGGAGCAGGGCGGUAACGUGGCCUCACGAUCUCCCGGAAGGUUCCCGGCACCCAGAAGCCUCCCUCCUCUCUCCUGCCCCACCCUUACCCACCAGAGCCAGCCCGGAGGGGAUGGCUGUGAAAGGAUUCGAUGAGCGGGUGAAUGGCCACCGGAGGAAGGUCCCUCGUGCUGUGACCCCGGCCGUGCUCCCAGACUGGUAAUGGGCAGGGGCAUGAAGACAGGAACUGAUCUGAUGUGGGGUAAGAUUAAGAUUGAAGUCUUCUUUGACCAGCCCUGGAACCCAGAGCUGCCCCCUCCCCCGGAGAGGCCCAGGUGCGAGACUACGGACUCGGAAUCGAACCCACGACCUUCCGGUUUACGGGACGACACCCCAACCAACCAAGCCACGCUGGGCAAGGCUAGGCUCCGUCUCGCUCCGCCUCUCUGCAUACGGAUGUGGGUUUUUCCCAGCGGACAGAGGAGCAAGCUGGGGUCCAGAGAAGGUCCCUUUGACAUGACACGGAGCAAGGUUCCCCGGGGGCUUGCAGACCCCCAGCCCGGCACCCUCGCUCUCGGGGCCUCCAGUCUCAGAGGUGGCAGGGCGGCAACAGGCUGUGGCCCCGGGCAGAGCCAGGCGGACCCAGCGCGGCCCCUUCCACCAUGUGACGUGGGGCAGCCUCUCGCCGCUCCGUGUCCUCAGCUACCAACUCACCCCUCAGGCUCACGGGGCUGGAAGCAUGGAGGGCGCACAUUAGACCCUGGCACUUCUGAAGACCCAAAGCCGGGCACCAGGUGCUGCACGGUCCAGCCAGAGAGCGUCAUGCGUGAAGUAGCUGCUAGGACGGGGCCCACACUCCACCGUGAGGGGCCAGGCAGGCAACAGGAAUUCUCUGUGAGAGUUCCUAUGUGACAGUCCUGUGGUCUGGAAAUACAGUUUUAU